AUGGAGGUGGUGAAUCUGAGGAGCGCCGCCGGCAUAGCCAAGGUCACCGGCGCAGCGCUCUGCCUCGCCGGCGUCUUUGUCAUCGCCUUCUACACCGGGCCGGCGCUGAGCCCCGUCAACCGCCACCGUGCCUUAGCCACCCACGCCACCUCGGGCCAUGUGAAUAGUUCUUCGAAGGCGACGACGUGGAUAGAAGGGACGUUCGUCAUGGUCCUCGCUAACAUGGCAUUGGUCCCUGUCCAUCGUCUGGCAGGUUGCUCGGCUAAUUUCACUGUGAAAUCAAAGCAUGCACGCAUCAAUAGUAGUAGUUACUUUGAUCUUGAUCCGAUUCCAACGACGUUAUCUGUAUUGAUGCAUGAUGCAAACCUGCAGGCCGUUCUCCUCGAGGAGUUGCCCAACAGGAUGCUGGUGGCGGCGGCGCUCUGCGUGUUCAGCGCGGCGCAGUCGUUCGUCGCCGCGACGGCGGCCGAGAGGGACUUCUCAAGGUGGCGGCUCCGGCCGGGUGUCAGCUUGCUCGCCGUCGUCUACGCCGUAAUAAUGAUUGUCUUGCGUUCGUUAUUCUGCUAG